GUCCCCCGACCAUUCGCGGCGGCCGAUUCCGCUCAGCUCAGCAGCAGCAGCUGCUCCAGUUAGUGAUAAACAAACAUGGCCGAGAGUCGGACGUGUGUCGGGUAGCGCUCGCGGCAACCGUUAAUAAUAACCCGUGAAACUGUGGCAGCUAAAAACGAGUCUCCGCUCCCUCUCUCUCUCUCCGUGAACCAGUUGACGGUGACGUGAUUCCGAAAGAAAGUGUUUAUGGAUGCCAGUCCAGUGGUGUGACACAUCAGAACUUGCGAGUGAAUAAUAGUUUGGAUGAUGCUUUUAACUUUUAAAAAAUGUCUUUACCAAUAUUAGUGGUUUUGGUUCAAUUUCGGUAAACUUUACCCUGACACUUUUCUGGAUAUCAGACCUAUUAACCUUGAAGAUAUAUGUGCACAUUUUCUUGGGAAAUGCGUUGCCCUACAUCGUUUGGUAAGCCUACAGUUUUGCCGGGUUAUACCUCACUGGCCUCAAGUGUCCUACGUAUCUACAGCAGGUAGUCCACCAGAACGAGAAAGUUAACCAUUUAAGUGGAUUGUUGUGAGGUUAACAUAAUAAAAAUAUAAGUUAUUUUCUUGUCCAUUUGGCGUUUACAUCCCUUUUAUUGAAAAGAAAAAUAGAUUGCGAGUAGAUAAAAGAACGCAUAGGCCAUGAGCACUACUUCCCUUCCACCACCCUGGCUGUCUUCGAGAACUGAGAGGCUUUGAGGACGAGGAGAGGAAGGCCUUCUUUUCCCAUGUUACCCCUAGGCCACCAUGAGCCUAGGCCUACUUUACCAGACUUAAAGCAUGAGAAAGGGCAGUCCAGGCAGGGGUCCGGCCAGACCCGUGUCGUGGUGUAUAGGUGUGAGUAAUGGAAUCUUCGGCGGUCCUCCGCCUUCUUCCGUGGGGCGGCGCGACCCCCCUCCUCAUCAUCAGAGGACGGCGACUCACGAUGGGGCGCCCCCGAGGACGUCCGAGACCGGAGGUCCUGGGGUCUUGGCCCACAGGGGCCUGGCCAGGUCGACAUCCUACCAAGCUUUACACUCCGCCCUGGCCAGGCUCUACCGGAUCGACGAUUUUACUAUGGAAAGAAUAGGCGCAGGCUUCUUCUCCGAAGUUUUUAAGGUUCGCCAUCGAGUGACAGGCGACGUUAUGGUGCUCAAGAUGAACAAACUGAUCAGCAACCGUCACAACAUGUUACGGGAGGUGGAGCUCAUGAAUCGAUUGCGUCAUCCCAAUAUUCUCAGCUACUAUGGUGUGUGUGUCAAUGAAGGCCAGGUUCAUGCAUUAACAGAGUACAUAAACGGUGGUUCAUUAGAUUCUUUGAUUGGCAACCACGCAGUCCCCUUGCCAUGGUCAACACGAGUUUCUCUUGGACUGGAUGUAGCCCGUGGUAUGGCCUACCUCCACUCUCAGGGUGUCUUUCAUCGAGAUCUCACAUCAAAGAAUGUUCUAAUCAAACACACACUGGAGGGGGGCGAAUACAAAUUGGUAGCUGUUAUAGCUGAUUUUGGUCUUGCGGCUCCAAUUCCCCAUGAAAAAUGUAUGCGAUUGCGUCAAGUAGGUUCACCUUACUGGAUGGCCCCGGAAGUAAUUAGGGGUGACUGGUAUGACCAUCGCGUUGAUGUAUUUAGUUUCGGAAUAAUUGUGUGUGAAAUGAUUGCCAGGUGUGAUGCUGACCCCGAUAUUCUGCCAAGAACACACAACUUUGGAGUGCAUUAUCAUGACUUCUAUCAGAUGUGCCAACAAGACUGCCCAGCUGCAUUUCUUCAGAUGGCUUUCCAAUGCUGCCAGAUUGACCCAGCGACCCGUCCUACAUUUGAAGAAUUGACAGUGAAGCUGGAGACCCUGUUAAAUCAACUAACUCUUCCUCCAGCAAGACAUGCACCAAGGAAGGUCAAAGUGUGUCAUCGCCGGUCCCAGUCAGAUGACACAUUUUUGGUAUUACGGAACCAGUUGUUAGAAACGGGCUGUGUUCCUGGUAUCCCAGGUGGUGGACAUGCAGUUGCUACAAUUGCAGGUUCCACAGCUGUCACCCCACAAGAAAUUGUAGAGAAAAUGAGUGCAGCUGAUCCUUACUUCCAGCCAUCAACUGGUACAGUUAAUCCAUUUGCACAGUUGAAAUUACCAGCGCGGUCGCAAUUAGCCCUGCAAGAGGGUGGCCGCUACUGCCAUUCCCUACCUGAUUCUCCUACUAGUCUUAUGGCACAUUCAGUUAGGGAACACUCAGCCAGUCUUGGGAGCAGCAAACACCUCCACACUUCAGAUUCUUGUUUAUGUCCUCAUGCUACACCUCAUACUCAUUGCCAGUGCCACCAAGAACAACAAUUCUCAUCACAAGUGAGCAAUAAUAGAAAACAGUGCCUCUGUGUUCAGAGUGGUAAGGUGUCAAAGGUUUGUGAGAAAGAUGAAAGCUAUUGUAAAUGUAGAGUCAUGUGUGUAGCAGUAGGCUCUUCUCUUUGGCAUCAUGAGAUGUGUCGGACAUCUGGUAAUAUUGAUGAAGAUGGACACUCGAGCAGCAGCCCACGUUCAGAUUUGGGAAGUGGUGGCGAUGCAGGAAGUACAUGUACAGUAUUACAAAAUAAUCACUUGAGCAAUCCAGUACGUCGUCGGGGAUCGGGGGAAAGUGGAUUCUUUAGUGUUGGGGACGUAGAACGUGUGGGGACACCUGAAUUAUGCCUCUCUUACUCAGAACUAAGUACUGCUUCACUCAUAUCUACAGAAGAUGAAGAAGUGAAUCAUCACUGUGUAGUACAGCGAUCCUCAUCUGUUGUCACAGAUAGCUCAGAAGAUUUAUCUAGUCUCGGUUGCUGCCAUGACCCGCAGCACUCUUGCGACCUCUCUUCCUUGUGUGAGAGUGAGGAUGUGGUGCCUGUUAGUCGUUUGUCUGAUCAUGAAGUGGACACUGAUAUUCGUCAGAUUGUGGAAUUCUUUGAGAGAAAUAAUGGAUCUAGCUCAAGAUCAGAUGGACCGCGACGCAUGUCGUCCCGUGUAAGGCGUCCAGGUUGCCUUGUGCCACUUUUAACCCACAAGUUUAGUGCUCUUCAUAGUGGCCACCGCUUAAUUAGUGUCACAAACAGUCCUUGUCCUGUGCAUCACACCACCAGCACUGCUGUUGCUGGUACUAAGUCAUGUAGCACCAAAGAAUGUGCAGCCUCAAAGUCUUGCCGUCAAACUUGUCCUCGCAUUGAGCGGCGAGACACUUUUCGGGUUAAAGACAGACCAAAGGUUUACAUAACAGAAGGCACCGUCCGUGCAAAGCGCGAUAUUUUUGAAGCUAAAUGAAGUGAAAUUUAUUUUGUUUAUGUAUCAAGAAUUUAAUGUAAAAUGUUAUUUUCUUCUUCCUAGUCACAAGAUGAAGUGUUUUGUGAUAUGAACUAACAUUUUUAUUUCUUGUCUUAGAUGAUAUGUCAAAUAAAAAGAAACGUAAUUUUUGGUCAUCUUUCUGCCUCAUACUCAAUAUGCCUGUUCUUUUUAUAGGUAACCACCCUCCCUGGUAAAACUUUGGAAAUUUUCAUGAAAAGGGCUUGAUAAUAUCUAGGUUGGCUUAAUAAAUAUUUCAUAGGUUAUUUUGCCAUCAUCAUCCAGACUAAGAAAUUUUCAUACCAAAUGAUAUUCUCUUUCAUAGAAGCCUGAAAUUUCUGUAUGCAGAAAAUCAGUUUGCUGUCAUUUGUAUUCUUAGCCAUAUGCAGAUUUUGCCUUGACAUUGGCAAGUUGGCUACAAGCCCUUUUAUGACAAUAAACCAAUGAGAUACCACAAAGGGUUACCACUUUCAUAAACAUUUUCUUCCCAAAAAAUAAAAAAAAAUAGUAUAAUCUGUAAAGUGACUCCAAUAUGUGAGUACUAAUACUGUGAUAAAGUUAAGCUGUUAGUUAAAAUGUCUGUAGUGCUGUACUAUGUUUUAAUAGCAUACUGUAAAGGGGAAAAAUAUGUUUUAACACUUAAUUAGUCCUUUUGUAAGUGUUUCUGGACUUGAACCAUGUUCCUGUGAUUCAGUGCUGGUGAUUAGAUAUACCAGUUCUUUAUAGUUCCAAGUGUAAACCUUUGCACUGUGCCAUUCCACAGUGGUUCAGUUCAAGUUUUCUUAGUGUAUCAUAAGGAAGGGAGCCUUGGUAUUUUAUCCAUCAGAGUUAUGGGGAUUUUAGAAUAAUUUGUACAACUGUAUGUAAAAAUGGUUGUUAAUCAAAUAUGAAUAGUUACCCGUGUAUUGUGAAUAUUGUGUUAUGUAUUAUCAGUCACCACCUUAA